CGCCCUGUGUGCAUGUGAACUCAAGCCUGUGCAGCCGAAUCGCCUCGCUUGUGUAAUUAAUCGUGUUUCCUUGUACAAGGCUUACAUUUAUUUGUUCGCGGUUGUGAAACAUGGCUCUGCGCAUGUGCGAGUGGUUCUUGUGCAGGACUUUGCGCUUUUCCAGCCGGGUGAGCUCGAUGGAAACUGCGCCACUGCGACUGAGGGCAGCUCAUCGUGGCUGUGCAGUGAAGAACGCUGCGUUUCACUUUGUUCCCACCUGUUUUGUGUCCACCGAGGUUUUUCUGGACAGACUUCUGAAAGAACAUAGGCUCGGCUUUGCGGAGAAUCCUGCUGGCUCCCCUGCACAUACUGCUAUUCCCCCGGAUAAAGUUGAGCACUUUUCCCUGAUGCUGAAAGAUCCAGAUCAACCAGAAAAUCCAAAGCUUUUGAGAGUGGCUAUAGUCGGUGCUCCAAAUGCAGGGAAAUCGACAUUGACCAACCAGCUCCUGGGCAAAAAGCUGUUUGCAACCUCCCAGAAAGUGCAUACCACGAGAUCUCGUGCACUCGGGGUGAUCACCGAGGAUAAUACUCAGAUUAUUGUGCUGGAUACACCUGGCCUCACGACACCAUCUCAAGCUAAAAGACAUCAGCUGGAAAAGACUUUUCUUGUGGAUCCGCUGAGAUCAUUACGACAGGCGGAUCUCGUGGUGGUGUUGGUGGACGUCUCAGACAAGUGGACUCGCGGUAGGAUGGACUUUGAGGUGCUGAAGUGUCUGGCCAUGAACGCACACAUUCCUGCUGUCCUCGUCCUCAAUAAGGUGGACCUCCUAAAGAGCAAACCCUUGCUGCUGGACAUCACUGCAGAACUGACCGAGGGCAUCGUGAACGGCAAGAGGCUGAAAGUGCGCAGUUUAGUGAAGCCGCUCCGAAAGGAAACGCAGGAGAAGCAAACGGAAAAUACUUCAGAUUUGCAGAACGGAGAAGCGCGAAUGCCAAAUCCAGACACUGGGCUUCUGCGAGGCCUGAGCAGAGAGCAGCUGAGGGCCCUGAAGAGCCGUAAGGGAUGGCCACACUUCAAGGACGUGUUCAUGAUGUGCGCUACAGACAGCGAGGACGUGCAGACGCUGAAGAGUUAUCUGAUGGUGGAGGCGAAGCCGGGUCCAUGGCAGUACCACAGUACGGUACUCACAGAUCAGAGCCCGGAGGACAUCUGUACCAACACCAUCCGAGAGAAACUACUGGAGUAUCUUCCUCAGGAAGUGCCUUACACAGUGACUCAGCACGUUGAACUCUGGAGGGAAACAGCCGACGGCAAUUUGGACAUAUGCGUCAAACUGCAUGUGAAAAAAGAAAGCCAUAUGAAAAUGGUGAUUGGUCCUGGGGGGCAGCUGAUCGCUCGAAUAGCCCGGGAAGCAGGACUGGACCUCAUGAAUGCCUUCAUGUGUGAAGUGCGGCUGAAAAUAUCCGCCACUCUGAAGAACUGAAGUGGUUUGAGGUCUGAUCUGUAAAUUUCUGGUGGUGAAUUUGUACCGAGAUCUGCAAAACCCCAGAGUGGAGCCCAGACGUGAACAAAGGCAACUAUUUGAGGCUUCGGUUUGUCUCGUGGACACCAUGUGAACUGUCUUAUCUGUCUCGAACAGUCACAUUUGGGACAGAGCCUUCUUUCUGAACUCAAACUGCUGCUGCAGUGUCCUAAGACUUUUAGCCCCGAGUCUAUUUAUUAUUAGUAAGGUCUUUAUUCAGAAUCUCGUUUUAGCAGUGGGAUACAUCAUGAAUAAAUCAGCAUUGUUCCAGAACGGCUGAAAAUGUGUCCCAGACGGAAUUGCUGAUGAGGUUCAAACAGAGUUGAGGCACUUUUUUUUUUUUUAACAGUGAAGUUUUGCCUCUAAUGGUCUUGGUUCCUUAUCCAAGCUGCCCAGACCUGCUUUUGACCCCAGAUUCUCAUUCAUUCAGCUGGAUCAGAGACCAGGCUGUCAACCAUCGUGGUUGUUAUUUUGUCCAUGUUGUUGACUUGAUUGUAACUGACGUUGUUUGGUCAUGUCAUAAAACUGUAAUGGGGAUGGUCGAUAUGGCAAAAAUAUCAUUAUAUAUCUAAAUAAUUGAGGACAUCUUCAGUAUGCAUGUGUGUUUGGUGAAACUUUUGGGCUCUGCAGGUCACAAACAGAAAACAAAUGUAUGAUUUUUGUCCCACAGUUUAUUUUACAUCUUGUGCUUUUGAAAAGUUAAAAAAAAAAAAAAAAUCUUUGUUUAAAAAAAAAAAAGGCAAUGAAAAAACACAUUACGGAAAAUGCAGUUCUUUUCGAUAAAGCCUUACUCCACUGCAGAUAAAUAUCUCAUCUCAUUAUCUGUAGCCGCUUUAUCCUGUUCUACAGGGUCGCAGGCAAGCUGGAGCCUAUCCCAGCUGACUACGGGUGAAAGGUGGGGUACACCCUGGACAAGUCGCCAGGUCAUCACAGGGCUGACACAUAGACACAGACAACCAUUCACACCUACGGUCAAUUUAGAGUCACCAGUUAACCUAACCUGCAUGUCUUUGGACUGUGGGGGAAACCGGAGCACCCGGAGGAAACCCACAUGGACACGGGGAGAACAUGCAAACUCCGCACAGAAAGGCCCUCGCCGGCCACGGGGCUCGAACCCAGGACCUUCUUGCUGUGAGGCGACAGCGCUAACCAUUACACCACCGUGCCGCCGCAGAUAAAUAUAAAACAAAAUAAAUAAUAAAACCACGCAUUGACCAGAAAGUCAUUGUUUUAAGUCUUGAAACAGGGCAAGUUUUUCCAGCUGAACGUUUUUUUCCUUUGGUUGAAAUUUUCAUGCAUCGCUAAUUUGAAGUAUUGAAUAUGGAAAAUUAAUGCAAUGAACCAGUUGACACUGGAAAACAUUUCUUAUUCAAUUACUUAUACAGUGUAUUUAUAAAAUCCCCAACAUGAUCCUCAUAAAAUAGUAUAAUGAUGUAAAUAUAAUGUAUAUCCCUGAUGACAUAUUGCUUUAUUACCAGCUAUAUCCUGCAGUUAUUUUUUUUUUUAAAGCUCUUUGCAGUCGUUCCCUCUCUCAGUUCCUGCUUGUGUUUCACAGCUGCUGGAGCUUAACUAAAGGCGCAGCCCCACAGGGCUACAUUACCCCUCUAAUGGACCUCUAACCUGCCACUAAAAUAGGCACAAAAUGGCUGGGAUGCAUUUGUUCUUGUAUUCUCCCCUGUGGUUGAACCUGGCAGGCAGUCAGUUCUUAUCCAGGCCACGGUGAUGGAUCGCUAAUUCAUAGAUAAGCUAGCCCAAAGCAAGGUCUCUCUCUUUCUCUCUGUCUCUUUUUCUUGCCGAGUUAUUUGAGGUCACUGACAAUAAGGCCAUUUUUUUGUUUUCUUUUUAAAUUAUUAUUUCUGGAACAGUAUUACACUGUAUAUUGUGUGUAAAUAAAAUAUGGAUUUGAAGA